ACUAAUGCAAUGUUCAUGGACUUGGUUGUUGAGUCUCCCCAACUUUGCACGGUCAUGAUAUAUGUUAAUUGUUAAAGUUCACAGCUAUUACUUUUAGUCAACGAGGUCAACUUGCUUAUGAGCUUGAUGGGUAUGAUGAUGGAGAUCAAUUAGUAUUAAGAAGGUUUGUGCAUGAGGGAUUAAAGUUGAACUGCAUGUGCAUGACUAUGAAUCUAUCUCAUUCUCAUGGAAUUUAGUUGAAGAGGAAUGGAAACAUGGAGCGAGUGAUAUCAUCUUUCAUAAGUUCGUUUCUUCUUUGGUCACUCUUGUUGCUUCUUUUGGUGCUUAAGGUUUCUGGCAACGCUGAAGGUGAUGCCCUGACUGCAUUAAAGAACAGUUUGAAUGAUCCUAGCAAUAAUCUUCGAAGCUGGGAUGUUACCCUUGCCAAUCCAUGCACAUGGUUUCUUGUCAAAUGCAAUGGUGAUAAUAGUGUGACCCGUGUUUAUCUUGGAAAUGCAAACCUUUCGGGACAACUGGUUCCACAGCUUGGUCAGCUCCCAAAUUUGCAAUACUUGGAACUUUACAGUAAUAACAUAACUGGGAAUAUCCCAAAGGAGCUUGGAAAUUUGACAAAGUUGGAGAGCUUGGAUCUUUACUCGAACAAGUUAACUGGUCUCAUUCCGGACACACUGGCCAACCUUAAACAACUACGUUACCUGCGCCUCAACAAUAACAGCUUGUCUGGAAACAUUCCUAUGUCUUUGACCAAUGUUACUACCCUGCAAAUCCUUGAUUUAGCAAACAACAACUUAUCAGGAGAUGUCCCAGUCAAUGGUUCAUUUUCAAUGUUUACUCCAGUCAGUUUUGACCAUAACCCUUUCUUGAAGAAGAAAUCCCCUCUAGCUCCACCACUUUCUCGGCAACAACAAACUACGUCAGGUAGCAGUGCCACUGGGGCUAUUGCUGGAGGAGUUGCUGUGGGUGUUGCUGUGUUGUUUGCUGCCCCUGCAAUUGCACUUGCUUAUUGCCUUAGAAGAAAGCCAAAGGAUUAUUUCUUUGAUGUUCCUGCUGAGCAGGAUCCUGAAGUUCACCUUGGUCAGCUUAUAAAGUUUUCACUGCGGGAACUGCAAGUUGCAACAGAUAGUUUUGAUAAGAAUAACCUUCUUGGUACAGGUGGAUUUGGCAAAGUUUAUAAAGGACGCUUAGCAAAUGGUUCUCUUGUAGCAGUAAAAAGACUUAAAGAGGAACGCACCCAAGGUGGGGAGCUACAAUUUCAAACUGAAGUGGAAAUGAUCAGCAUGGCUGUGCAUCGAAAUUUGCUUCGGCUGCGUGGUUUUUGCGCAACAACUACUGAGCGGUUACUUGUAUAUCCUUUCAUGGUUAACGGAAGUGUAGCAUCUUGUUUACGUGAGCGUCCGGAAUCUCAACCACCACUUGAGUGGUCAAAAAGGAAGCAUAUUGCCCUGGGAGCUGCUAGGGGCCUUGCCUAUUUGCAUGAUCAUUGUAACCCGAAGAUUAUUCAUCGUGAUGUCAAAGCUGCUAAUAUAUUGUUGGAUGAGGAAUUUGAAGCAGUUGUUGGAGAUUUUGGUUUAGCAAAGCUUAUGGAUUACAAAAAAACUCAUGUUACCACUGCUGUAUGUGGUACCCUUGGGCAUAUAGCACCUGAGUACCUCUCAACUGGAAAGUCUUCAGAGAAGACUGACGUUUUUGGAUAUGGUGUUAUGCUUCUUGAACUAAUAACUGGAAAGAGGGCUUUUGAUCUAGCACGACUUGCCGAAAAUGAUGAUAUCAUGUUGCUUGAUUGGGUUAAAAAACUUCUGAAAGAGAGGAGAUUGGAGAAACUGGUGGAUGCAAAUUUAAAGGGAAAUUAUGAUGAGGAGGAGGUAGAACAGCUAAUCCAAAUGGCAUGUCUAUGCACACAAGGGUCCCAUUGGGAAAGGCCCAAGAUGUCUGAGGUGGUGAGAAUGCUAGAGGGUGAUGGUUUGCCAGAAAAAUGGGAUCAAUGGCAGAAAGAGGAGAUUAUCCGCAAAGAUUUCAACCAAACCCAUCAGUAUCACCACACUGGUGAUUUGAUAAUGGACUCAACUGCAAAUAUGCAACCAGAUAUACUAUCAGGUCCUAGAUGAUCUUCGAACAUUGUGCACUAUCCUGCCUAAUGCAACACUCUCUGCUUGAAAGCUAUAUACUACUUAUUUGUGCAUAUGAUUGUCAUCUUCUGGGAAAUAUAAUUGCAGGGGAUAAUAGAAUAAUGAGAUGUUUCAUUAUGACCUUGUGAUCAUGACCAUAUAUUGUGUCAGUUGAAAAUACAACCAUUAAUAAGAAGUAAAAAAAUGAAA